AUGUCAGAAGACAAAAGAAUUCAUGUUCUAAUGGUGUCAAUGUCCCUACAAGGCCACAUCAAUCCCAUGUUUAAGUUCGCCAAGCACCUUCUCUCAAAGGGCGUUCAUGUCACAAUCGCCACCACCGAAGAUGGCCGCGACGGCAUGCUCAAGAACACAAAACCCUCCAAUCUCACAAACAGCACAAACAUCAACAAUUCCCAUAACUCCAAAAACGAUUCAGGAAUCGAACUCGUGUUCUUUUCUGAUGGCCUUGACCUCGACUUUGACCGUUCCGACACGGAGUCACUGGUGAAUACUAUCCGUGAAAAUGGUCCCAAAAACCUCUCCACUCUCAUCACCGACCUCACCAAAGUUCAUAAUUACUCAUGUGUUAUUGUCAACCCCUUCGUGCCUUGGGCUAUCGAUGUGGUAGUGGAGCAUGGUAUCCCAUGUGCGCUGCUUUGGAUCCAGGCUUGUGCUGCGUAUUCCAUUUACUAUCGUUACUUGAAGAAUAUUGAUCCUUUUCCAAAUAUGGAUGACCUCGAUGAGAAGGUGCAUUUGCCAGGACUGCCACCGUUUGAGGUUAGGGAUAGUCCUUCUUUUAUACUCCCUUCCACCCCUUAUCACUUUAGGACUGUUAUAAAAGAAUUGUUCCAGGCUAUGGAUAAGGUGACUUGGGUUUUAGGUACUUCGUGUUACGAAAUCGAGGAAGAGAUUGUGAAUUCGAUGGCGUCAUUAACCCCUAUUUACGCUGUUGGACCAUUGGUGUCACCGUUUCUUUUGGGAGAAAAGGAAAGAAGUGAUGUCAGUGUGGAUAUGUGGAUUCCUGAGGAUUCCUGCAUAGAGUGGCUUGAGACUAUGCCAGAUUCUUCAGUUAUCUAUGUUUCCUUCGGUAGCUUGCUUUCGUUGUCACAGAAGCAGGUUGGUAACAUAGCUAUGGCUCUGAAGAACAGUAACAAGGCGUUUCUGUGGGUGAUUAAGCCGAGUAAUGGCGAGUCCAACAAUGUUGCUGAAUUGCCAGUUGAAUUUUUGGAGGAAACUAAGGAGAGGGGUUUGGUGGUGAGAUGGUGCUCUCAGGAGAAGGUAUUGAUGCACCGUUCUGUGGCUUGUUUCGUAACGCAUUGUGGGUGGAACUCCACGCUUGAGACUUUGGUUACCGGUGUGCCUGUUAUUGCUUGGCCUUUUUGGUCGGAUCAGGCAACCAAUGCCAUGCUCAUGGAGAAGGUUUUUCGCAAUGGUGUUAGGGUGAAGUAUGGGGAAGAUGGGAUUGUGGAGACAGAAGAGAUUGAAAGGUGCAUUAAGGAUGUUACAGAAGGGCCAAGAGCAGAAGAGUUUAAGAAGAGAGCAAUGAAAAUGAAGGAGUUAGCACGGAAAACAUUACAGGAGGAUGGUACCUCUACCAAGAAUAUUAAUAAGUUCAUCACUGAACUGAUUGUUGAGAAUCCAGCUAGGGCUUGA